AUGGGAAAUAGCGUAGUGGUGAGGCCUCGACUUGUAAGAAUGACCCAUAUCGAUAGUGCGGACAUUGGCAGGGUACUUACUAAGUACAUGAACAAUACCAAAAACUUGGCCCUGCUUUUGGAUUACGAUGGAACCCUUACCCCAAUUGUUAACCAACCUGAUAUGGCGGUAAUACCUGAGGAAACCAAGGCCAUUUUGGAAAGGCUCUCAAAUGUUAACACCUUGUUUAUGGCCAUAAUUUCCGGAAGGGCAGUGGACAACGUUAAAAACCUAGUGGGAAUAGAUAACAUACAUUACGCUGGAAACCAUGGCUACGAGAUCAUGGCUCCAGAUGGCUCCAAGUACCUCCACGAAAUACCAACAGAGUACAAAAAAAAAAUGCGCGACAUGGUGGAAGAACUGAAUGCAAAAGCCUCAGACAACGGAGCAUGGGUUGAAGAUAAAAUCUACUCCAUCACAUACCACUUCAGAGCUGUCCCGAAAGUUCAGCAAAGUCAGUAUUUGGAGAAUGCUAAGAAAAUCAUGGAGCCCUAUGGUUUCCAUGUGUCGCAGGCCCACUAUGGACUGGAGGCCAAGCCACCCAUCAAAUGGGACAAGGGAGAAGCCACUUUGAAAAUUUUGAACGAGAACUUUUCUGGCGACUGGAAAAAGAGUGUCAAAGCUAUUUUUAUUGGGGAUGAUACUACCGAUGAAGAUGCUAUGAGGGUUCUAAAAGGACAUGGUUUAUCAUUUAGGAUAGCUGCUGAUGGUGAUGUUGACACUUGUGCUGAUUACGUUCUAAGUAAUUUGGACCCAGUGAUGGUUAUUUUGAGGUGGUUUGAUAAAUAUUACUGUGGAAUGUAA